UGUAUGCGGCAGUGCGUGAUGACGUAGAAAUGCAGCGCCGCCCGGAGACCAAAAAAAGAACUCACUAGCACGCCAGGCUUAUCUUGUUUUGAAAAGGCUUAAACAGGCAAUUACGGAGCUAUAUCGUGUCCAAUGCUUUCCGCGUUGGAUGGUGAAGAAACAAACUUAUUGCCAAAUCAUCACUCCUUUUUUACACGAGCCACGGAUCCGUUUCCCUCGCCAUGGUAGAUGAUGACGAGUUAUUCUCCUCACAUCGGACCAAAGAGGACAUGGAUAUCAAUGGCGAGCUCGUACCCCCUGACGGGCUGUGCUGGAUAUCAGUGUUUUCCUGCUUACUACUCGCAUGUUCCUACGUUGGGAGUUUAUAUGUAUGGAGAAGUGACCUACCAAGGGAUCACCCAACGGUGAUCAAGAGGCGCUUCACAAGUGUGCUGAUAGUGUCUGCGCUGUCACCUGCUUUUGUGUGGACAUGGAAGGAAUUCACAGGUGUAAGGCCAACUCCCUCCUUGCUGGCUCUGAUGGGGAUCCGCUUUGAGGGGCUCAUUCCGGCCGUCAUACUUCCCCUGCUGCUCACCAUGGUCCUCUUCCUAGGCCCUCUCACCCAGCUGGCCAUGGACUGUCCCUGGGGCUUCUUGGAUGGCUUACGGGUAGCUCUUGACCCGUGGUUCUGGAGCCUGUGUGCCAGCGACAUGCGCUGGCUGAGGAACCAGGUGGUGGCCCCCCUCACGGAGGAGCUGGUGUUCAGGGCCUGCAUGCUGCCCAUGCUGGUGCCGUGCGCCGGCCCCGCUCUCGCCGUCAUCACCUGCCCCCUCUUCUUUGGCGUGGCCCACUUUCACCACGUCAUCGAGCUGCUGCGCUUCAGACAAGGGACUAUCUCUGGGAUCUUCCUCUCUGCAGUGUUCCAGUUUUCCUACACAGCGGUGUUUGGGGCCUACACCGCCUUCAUCUUCAUCCGAACCGGGCACCUGAUCGGGCCCGUGAUGUGCCACUCCUUCUGCAACUACAUGGGCUUCCCGGCCGUCAGCGCGGCCCUGGACCACCCCCACCGCACCACCGUGCUGGCCUGUUACCUGCUGGGCGUGGGCCUGUUCUUCCUCCUCCUCUUCCCCAUGACGGAGCCCGCCUACUACAGCCCGCCCACCCCCGUCUGCACCCUGGCCCCCCGCCUCACCUCGCUGUGUUCGUCUUGAGCCCCGCCUCCCGGCCCUGCCCCCUCCCCCGGCUGUCUAGGCUGGGUCUUGGGUCUUGGAUCCGGCCUGGUGGGGACGGCUUAGCCCUGGAGCCCUCCUCCGUUGCCGGCCUAUCCACCAAGGGGGGCAGGGGUGUGAGACGGACAUGCUACGUGCUACGGGCUACCGACCAGGGAAGCCUAGCAGAGCGGUGUUGGUAGCAUCACCGUCGUGGGGGCGUGGUGGAUCACUCUGGGGUGGAAGCCCAGGCCCGUCGGUUGGUAACAUUGACCGGUGCUACUGACGAGCUGCAGCCUUCUGGACACAUGACGGUUGGCUAGGGGGACAUGGUGGGUUGGGAGUGUUACCGUGCAAAUACUGCAACUGUUAUUGCGGUUGGUAUUUCCGAUAAAAGAGUGCAGGGUUCGUAUGGCCGGUCGCAUCACCAGGCAUUCGUUUUGUGAUGGAAUGGAAGUGUUUGUUGUCUAGAGUAACCCCCCACUAUUUGUUUGAGUUGAACCACACCUAUGUUUGCUGCUCUCUAAUGGGGACCAAUUUUAAAGCUACAUUAUACAUCCAUUUGAUUCCAAUAAACAGUCAUCCAAAGGGUUAAGUUCGAAAUUUAAGAAGCAGGCCAUUGUAUUUUUACACUUUUUUUUGCUGCGAGUUCAGAACACAGGUGAUGGAUUCUGGCCCCAGAUGGCAGCAAACUCACAGGCAAAGCAACCACCACGACUAGUUGCAGCUGAAGUCCCGUUUGCCAAUUUAUUCACCCCUUGCUGUUCUCCACAUUUCUUUUCGAGGUACUUCUGUAGUCGGCCAACAACACAACAACAAUACACCCAGCCCCCCCAAAGCUUUCGAUUUGCCAAAUUGGCAGUGAGUGUGUGUGCGCGCUUGUGUGCGUGCGUGUGUGCGUGCGCGCCUGGGGGUCUGAGGGUCUUUUAGUUCAUUUGUUUUACGGUGGUUUCAUAAAAUAACUAGUUGUGUGGGUGGAAUUGUUCCUUCAAAAAAAUAAAGUGUUCAAAUGUGUACUAGAAUGGGGAAGCUCAGAUGUAGGUCACUGGCGACAUGGACACUCUAAACCACUUGGUUCGCAUGCUGCUACAGACCAUAAUUGCAAUACAGAUUAGGGGGAAAUCCCCAAGUGCUUGUACUGAUGACAUUAACAUUUUUAAAGAACGAAGUUUGAAUCGCCAACAUUUCCUUGUGUAGAAUUGAAAUAUGUCUGAUCGGGUAUUUCCACAAUAUCCCCCGUUACAUUCGGUUUCUUAAAAGUAAAUGUUGGGAUUGUUGAAUUCAUCCAUCUUUUUGCUUUUGGUUGUGGAUGCUCUCAACUAGAACGCAUAACACGAUCAUAUUAUUUACCCAUGGUGUACAAGUCUCGACGAUAUGUAAAUGUAGGCUUCUCUGAGCGGGUGUUUCGCUGACCACUGUGCAAUGUAAACGCUCUGAGCUUGAAAUCGGAGUAUUUUUUUAUUGUUAUUUUGUUUAUAGCAAUAAAUGAUAGCGUGUUCUAGGCUAGUGGGAUAGAACUACAAGUGAGAAGUAGAAAUGGUAGCAACAAUGCUGUGUAUGGUGCUUUUGGUGUUGGGCUGCACUUGCUUUGUCUCUCCACCAGAGGGCAACAUAGUUACGUGUCUUUGGUAGAGGCCCUCUUGUGUGAAGGGCCCCUGCAAUUUGACUUGGGCUCAGUCAACCAUCGCUGCAACAAAAUACACUUGACUCCCCAUGUGCUUUUAUAUUUGUAGAUAAUUGUUUCUGGAUUUCCUCUGGCUAGAUCCCAAUAGAGUAGAUUGACGCAUAGAUGAGUGAAUGCAUCAAUCUACGAGCUCGCCUCGAACUCUGACAUCACUCUUCUCGCUGCUCUCCGUGAUCACAUGAUCAGGGUGCUACAGUAGGACACCAAAUGGACUCGGUCUCCCUUUCUACAUUUCUCUUCCCCAACAUUCACAGAUCCCAAAUUUGGUGGUUGACGUAUGAAUUCACGUAGCGACAAAGUAGGCAAUGCUUGCAUCCGACUGUAUUUUUAUCAUCCUCGGUCCUCACCUCGUUUCAGGGAGAGCGGAUGCUUUCUGGGCAGCUACUUGAUGAAUUGCAUAUUACAGAAUCCUGUUCUGUGCCUGCGACAAAGUAUGAAUCUUAACGUGGACUAGAUUAACAUUACAAUGCAGGCGAGGUCGUCAGAACUCUCCACUGGUCUGUGACUGUGCUCAACAGCUGUUGGACGUCACAUUUAUCACCCGUCAAAAUGUGCUUUUAAUUCUGUGAUAUUUAGCUGCUUUUGAAUUUAAUUUUAUAUUUGAAAAAAAAAAAUAGCUUCUGUUCCUAAUUUGAGUUUGACGUGAAAUGUAUGGCACUGGGUGUGUGGCGGCAUCACUCCCCCUUGUACUGAACAAAGACACCGGCAUAUUUAUUUUCUGCAGAACAGUCUUAAUUUUAAUAACCAUGCAUCAUCUGCAUAUACGCUGAACGGACACAAGAAUCUAUUUUUGCUAAGUUAUAUUCAGCGCUGCAGUUUUUGUUUCCAACUACCAGAAUACGAAUGGCUAAACAUGCAUUUUGACCACGACAGAGAUUUAUAAUUGGCCAUAAUUAUAAAUAGCGAACCUCACAGAUAUUUGUACCGAACGCUAUAUUUUGUAGUCAAAUCUAUUUUGGAGAAUGUGAACAGAUUGUACAGACAUCUCUGCGUGUGUUUUACGUUCACGUGCCACAGUUGCACAAUGCAAUCAUCCCGUUGGUCAGAAAGCCUGUUUUAAUAUGCCACUCUUUUACAUUCUUGGACAUCUCAUACUGUAACAAGGUGAAACAUUUGUAAAUAAAAACAAAACGUUUCAGAGAAAUUUGCUUUGUUACUUUCACCGCAGAGACUACACUAAUAAGUCUGACAUUAAUAAACGAUGUUUUCACAUGGCAGGAGUGCAGCGCUGAGUACAAUCAAUUUCACAUGGUGUUAAAUGUCCUCAAUGUGGUGGUGUGAAUCAAUUAUGGUCUGGCGGUGUAAUGAAUGUUUCUAAUCAAAGCCUCUAACGCCUGGUGGCUGAGAGCAUAUGGCUUCUCUGUUGCACAGUUGCCCAUUACAAUUGUCAUUCAAUACCUUGCAAGUUGACUUGGAUAUGAUUAUCACUUUGAUGGAUAGAAAUGAAAUGACAAUGUGCGUUUAUGUGCACGUAAUGUGGCAAGCUAAAGCCACACAUUGCCCUACUCAACUCUUCAACUGUGUUAUCCUCAAUAUGAAAUGUGCAGAACAACAAAUGUAUUGGUUCACAUGCGCAGCAUAAAUACUCAUUGUAUGCUUUAGACCUGUAGUUAAUUGUUCGUAGUUAUAUACUCAAAUAUUUGUUAUUCUUAUUAAAGUUGCGGUAGGUUCGUUUUGAGGGAUGUAAAUAAAUCCCUGUCUACAUCCCUCCGCCGUUGAGAAGCAAGGUAUCCAAGCACCUGUGGUUGAGCUGUGAUAAGGACAUGUGCAAAUGUGAUCGAAAGGCAAGACGGAUUCCUCGAGGCGUCAGGGAAGAGAUGCCCUAAUUGGUCAGCAAAUCAACUGAAUUGUCUGAUUGAGUGGCAGGCGCAUAGUCAACCAGAACAGACAUUCUCAGAAAACUUCCCUUCAACAUCCCCUUUUAAAAAUGUCUCCGGGCUAAUUUGCAGAGACAGAUUUAAUUUGAGUGCAUUAAUUUAACCGACCCCUUCACCCAAGCGAUGCUGAAGCUUUCAAAAUGCCCUCAGCAAAAAUCAAUCGACCAGAUUGAGUUCGGUACCAUUUUAUGCACUCAUGUAAAAUAGAGAAAAGUAUCAAGAUAAUCAAUUUUUGGAAUCACUUCACAGGAAAAAUGAACCCCUAAACAACAUAGUCAAACACCAUGGGGGCCUGUUCUACUUUGAACGGUAACAGUAGGUAGUCCCACUCUGUCUGUGCGUUUACAUGCACAACGGUGUGGUGAUGAGGUACAGAACAACAACAAACAUUUCUAACUAGCAGCUGUCGUUCUCAAACGGACAUCUUACUUCCAAUCCCUGAUGUGAAGGAAAAACGGGCGUACAACCAGGAGAACACUUCUAUGUA